AGCUCACAGUAUUAAUUCAUCUUCUGACCUUUUGUUGAGCUUGUUCGUUAAACUAACCACCGCUUAACAGUUUAAGUUUUUAUCUAAGUUUUUACGGCAAUUACCAGGAGAAAUUUAAUAAGUUAAUAACUGCUGCUAAUUACUUGCACCAAGAUGGAACAAACUAUUCAAAAGUCAACACUGGGAUUUAUUUUCCUGACCUUAGUGAUACAGAUGACUAAGAGUCACUACAUUAAUUAUGAGCCACAAUCUCCCAUAGAAGUCGCCGCUGAUUACGACGACAGGCCAAAACAUCUCGAUGAUUCCUAUACUAAUUCUCUGUCAGACAAUAUCGAGACACAUCAUCAUAAAACGUCUAAAGUCAAGAGGAAACCUGUCAGAAUUACCGGUGGACCACUUUUACUAACUAAAGGACAAUCUGGAGAAUUGACGUGUAUUGCUUACGGAUCACCAAUUCCUCAAAUCCGCUGGGUUCGCGGCGACUUGGAAAGUCAGAUGAAAAAUUUGAAAUACGAAAAUCUGGUCUACAAUGAACAAUCAAUAGAAAAAUUCGGCUUUGGGAUUGUCAAGUCCAAGUACAUUGUCGACUGCGCUUCGGAAGUUGAUAUGGGAGUUGUACAUUGUGUGUCAGUAGUUAAUGACAAAGUACAGGUUGCGUCGACAUACAUUGACAUUGAUGUGUCAACAACAGAGUUGUCUGACAGAUGCAAUAUGAUUACUGCACCAGUGAUAACAGACUUUGUAGGCUCGAUGCUAGUUUCUCAAGACAGCACGGUGGUGUUACCAUGCCUUGCUCAAGGAGAACCUAAACCAAAGAUCAUCUGGCAAUCGUUCAACGGCACAAUAACUCACAAAAUGAACCCGAGAUAUGAAAUUCUUAGCAACGGAGAUCUUUUAAUAUCGUCGCUCAAGUGGGAAGACAUGGGUGGAUAUAUUUGCAUAGCCAGGUCAAAACUCGGAGAAGACCGUCAAUCAACGUUUAUAUAUCCAGUUCAGAAUAGUAGAUUGACUUAGAAAAUUGACAAAUUGGAUGAUAGGUGUUUAAGAAAAAUGAUUAAAGAUAAACCAAUGGCCCAUGAGAGUACUUGAAAUACAACUAUUUAUAAAUAAAAAAAGAUAGAUAGCUGACUAUUGUGCUAAAUUAAAAGACCGUAACAGAUAAAUAAUGUGUAAUGAAUAAUUUGCGUUUAAAAGAAGUCAGAAGACAAAAAAUAUUUAUAUAUACAUAUAUAUAUAUGUAUACAUGUGUACAUAUGUAUGUAUUUGUAUAUAUAUUUAUUAUGCAAUGUAAUUAUCUAGUCACCAAGUGGUAUAGGUAAACUUUCCAACCAAUAACCUGGCCGGCCCAUAUAGUCAGUAAUUUUAUUUAUAUUUUAAUUAUUAUUAUUAUUUACGCUUAACAUUCCUAAAUGUAUUUUUUAAUUGACUUGAUUACGUUUAUUGAUCAUUUAGUUGAAUGAUUGUAUAAUUUUACUGCAAGUACUAUUAUUGAUUGACAUUAAAUUAAUUUAAAUUAAAUUAUUAUUAUUAUUAUUAUUAUUAUUAUUUUAUAAAUUAAAUUCAUGUAAUAAAAUAUAGAUAUAAGCGAUCAUUGUUAAAAUACUGAAUGUAUAUUAUCGAUUGCAAAACAAUGUACUUAUUAUAUUAAUAAAAUUACUUUAUUAUGAUGAAUCAAA